AUGCAAAACAUCCCGCCCCUCGGACUCGACGGCCACGUUCCUCCUCAACACUCUCAACAACAAUCGCAACAGCCACGCCCCACUAACCCGCGCGCCGUCACCACCGCCGGCUAUGAAGGCCAGGAACUAAAGCUCCCUCCAUCCUCGGCUGCUUCGGCCCAGGUCCACCACGCGCUGGCCAAGGAUGGCGUCGGCUACGCUUUGAGCGACACUCCAGACCCCACGGCGCCAAAUAGCCCCAGAAUCCCCCCGGUUCGUACCAGCUCUGCGAGCUCAACGCCGCGGAUACGUCCUACCACCCUCGACAUCCCCGGCCUCACCAAGUCCACUAUCUCCCCCGAUGGCCGCAUCGCACAGCGCGACUUGGGCGCCAAGUUGCUCGUUGUCAUGGUGGGCCUGCCCGCCAGAGGCAAGUCCUACAUCACGAAGAAAAUGGCCAGGUACCUGAACUGGCUCCAACACGAGGCUCGAAUCUUCAACGUUGGUGAACGGCGGCGUAUUGCUGCAGGAGGUGGCGGCACGCACAAUCCCGAACCGCCGCCGAAUUCGGACCAGAGAGCCAAGGACUCCGUGCGUAGGACGAGCGUGACGACGACGGCGCCUAAUGGAGUCAUCACCCAGAAGGAGCAACUGAACGCGCCACAGCUGGCGACGAGGAUAUUGGUCAACGGCCAGGCCGUGGCUCCUGAUGAGAGCCCGUCUGCGUCUGAGAAGAAGGAAACAACAAAUGAAGAGCCCAAGUUGGAAGUGCCGGACCAGAAGUUCUUGGAGGAAUCGUUCCCCGAACUGACCAAGGCUUCUACACCGCAAGAGAUGCCGGACACUGAGCAAAUGGACCAAUCGGCAAACUUCUUUGACCCCAACAAUAGGAAAGCCGCGCUCAUCCGUGAACAGGUUGCCAUCGAGACUUUGGACGAGGCAAUCAAGUACCUGACCGAGGGCACCGGCACGGUGGCAAUUCUGGACGCGACCAACAGCACUCUCGAACGCCGUGCGGCUAUCAUGAGACGUGUGCGGCAACAGUGUGGCAACGAGCUGAACGUCCUCUUCGUUGAAAGCGUCUGCCAGGACGAACAGCUCCUCGAGUCCAACAUGCGCCUCAAGCUUUCCGGUCCCGACUACAAGGACAAGGACCCCGUUGGCGCUCUGGAGGACUUCAAGAAGCGUGUUGCCAUCUACGAGAAGGCUUACGUGCCUCUUGGCGAGUAUGAGGAGAAGAACAACAUGGCCUAUGUUCAGAUGAUCGAUGUUGGCCGCAAGGUUAUUUCUCAUCAGAUCAGAGGUUUCAUUGCUGCUCAGGCAGUCUACUAUCUCCUCAACUUCAACUUGGCUCCUCGGUCGAUCUAUAUCACCCGUCACGGUGAAUCAAUGGACAAUCUCAACGGCAAGAUUGGUGGUGAUUCCGACCUGAGCCCCAACGGACACCGGUACGCCAGGGCCCUUGAGAAGUUCAUAAGGUACGAGCGUGAGGCGUGGGACAUUCGGCAGCGUGACAAGUUGUUGAAUGCACACUUUCCUCCGCAGGCUGGAGACCAGUCACCGCCCAACCCCUACUUUAUGAACGAGGAAACCCGCCCCGCCAAGAACUGCUGCGUCUGGACGUCGAUGCUCAAGCGGUCUAUCCAGACUGCCGAGUGCUUUGACGAAGACGAGUUUGACCUCAAGCAGAUGCGUAUGCUGGACGAGCUCAACGCUGGUUUCAUGGAAGGCAUGACCUACGAGGAGAUCCGGGAACGCUACUCGCACGAGUAUGACAUGCGCAAGAAGAACAAGCUCCACUACCGUUAUCCUGGCCCUGGUGGUGAGGGCUAUCUGGAUGUCAUCAACCGUCUCCGGCCGGUCAUUGUCGAGCUUGAGCGCAUGACGGACCACGCCCUCCUCAUCACGCACCGGUCCGUCGCGCGUGUUCUGCUGGCGUACUUCCUGGGCCUCGACCGCAAGGAGAUUGCGGACAUUGAGUGUCCGCUGGGCAUGCUCUACAUGCUGGAGCCCAAGCCCUACGGCGUCCAGUUUAAGGCAUACCGUUACAACCCGGAGAAGGACUGGUUCGACUACCUGCCGGACUUCAAGCUCCGACCGGCUCCGACCGACCUCAGGAACUAA